AAUAAAUCCACACGUGGGUUGCGCAACUGUCAAACUGAUAACUGUCCGUAUUUUCGACAAAACGUGAAAUGGAUCUGGCUCCAUUACAGCCGUCGACUGCAGUAAACUACAUACUGUGUUGUCAAUGCGGCGUACAGAUCGAACCCAACCCAUCAAACAUGUGCGUGGCCUGUUUGAGGUCAGAGGUUGAUAUCUCAGAGGGCAUUCCAAAACAGGCAGUCCUCUACUUCUGCAGAAAGUGUGAAAGGUAUCUUCAGCCCCCAGAGCACUGGGUUGUUGCAUCCCUGGAAUCCCGAGAACUGCUCUCCAUCUGCCUCAAGCGUCUCAAAGGACUGAACAAGGUACGGCUGGUGGAUGCAGGAUUUGUGUGGACAGAGCCUCACAGCAUGAGAAUAAAAGUCAAACUCACAGUACAAAAAGAGGUUCUGAAUGGUGCAGUGAUGCAGCAAGUGUUUAUCGUGGAGUAUACGGUAAACAACCAGCAGUGCACUGACUGUCACAGGGUGGAGGCCAAGGAUUACUGGAGGGCGUGUGUACAGAUCAGACAGAAGACAGAGCACAAGAAGACAUUUUUCUACCUGGAGCAGCUGAUAUUGAAGCACAAGGCUCACUGGAAUACAGUCAACAUCAAGCCUGCCAGUGAUGGACUGGACUUUUUCUACCAGAAGAAAGACAGUGCCAAGAAGAUGGUGGAGUUCCUGUCUUCCGUUGUGCCGUGCAAACACGUGUGUGCUCAGGAGUUGAUAUCCCAUGAUGUCCGCAACAAUACCUUCAACUAUAAACACACCUUCUCUGUUACGAUUGUACCUAUAUGCAAGGACAACAUAGUAUGUCUCCCAAAGAAGCUAGCUUCAUCACUGGGCAAUAUCAACCCGAUAUGUGUCUGCUUCAAGGUCACUCAGACUGUCCAUCUGAUUGACCCAAACACUCUCCAAGUUGCUGAGGUGAGUGGUCCGGUGUACUGGCGUUCACCGUUCGCGAGUCUGUGUUCGCCUCGUCAGCUGAUUGAAUACAUGGUGAUGGACGUUCAAUACGUGAAUGAUCGGGAUAAACCUGUGAUCAGGGGCCAGGUCUCCCAAAAGCACGUGCUAGCCGACCUGUGGGUGUCGCGCAUGAGCGACCUAGGAGUGAACGACCAGCAGUUCUUCUGUAAGACCCACAUCGGGCACCUGCUGAAUGUAGGCGACACAGUGCUGGGGUUUGACAUGGGUAAUGCUAACCUCAACAACGAUCACAUUGAAAAACUAAAGGCUGAAAAUCUACCGGAUGUUGUGAUUGUAAAGAAGGUCUUUGGCGAUAAGAAGAAGCGUGAUCGCCACCGUCGCUGGAAGCUGAAACAUCUGAACGACAAACUUCACCAGAUAGAAACUGACACUGCCAUGAAUGACUACACUGACUUCCUGGAAGACUUGGAGGAAGAUCCGACCAUCCGACAGCAUGUCAACAUCUAUAAAGACAGUGACAAGGUCCCAGUUGACACAGAUGACACGGAUGAUGAGGGGGUUCCCCAGAUCAGCCUCCAAGAGAUGCUUGAUGACCUUCAUAUUGGAGAUGACGCGACUGGUGAGGAGGGGGCCGCCAUGAUCGACUAGAACUUGCUUUGAACAUUUUUUGAUGACCCUUGUAUAAACGUGUAUUUUUUGCCUUUAAAGCUGCACUCUCACAGAUUUACCGUUUUGACAACUUCAAUUUUUUGUCUUGGAUUGAGUCAAUUUUUUCGUAAAUAAUUGCAAACCAGUGAUAUAAGACAGCUGACAAAAGAUCAGAUUGCAGAUUUUCAUAUUUCCAUUCGAAAAUUAAUGUUUAUGGCUAAAAGCGUUACUAACGGUUUGAGAAAAAUGCAUUAAACAUAAAAAAUUUAACUUAAAUAUGAAAAUCUGCGAUCUGAUAUUUCGUCAGCAUACUUAUAUCACUGGUUUCCAUGCAUUUUCGCAUAAAUUAGCUAGUUCCAAGACAAACAAUAUUUUUUUGUCAAAACGUUCAAUCUGUGAGAGUGCAGCCUUAAAAUCGUAUAACUGAUCAACACAUUAGUACAAUACUGAAAUCAGACUUCAAGAAAUACUUCUUAUUUUUUUCAAACAAAACUUUCACAUCAGAGGAUGUUGCAACACCGGAGGAGUCGCCUCGGCUAUGUUACUGAAGUUCAUUGCAUAAGCCAAUUUGUUGUAUUAAAUGAAUAAAUGGAGAGAAAAUGUUUCUGUACUCUGUGUGGAAGAAAAAGGGAUCGAUGUGGUUACAGAACUUCUCUGAGUAGAAAUACUAAUAAAUAUAAUGACAUACCUUUACUGUAUCUCGGUAUUUGAAUAUAUUGUUGCAUAUUUAAGUGAUUUAUUUUUUUCUGAAAAUGUAUUUGUUAUGAUUAUAAAAAUCAACUUCAUAGAAAUUUUGUGCACUUUUGAAUCUUGUUAUUAUUGAUUUGUUUUGGAAAAGAACCUUCUGUAAAUAAACUCCUAAUACUUGAA